AUGGAAAGGAGAAAGUGUCAGAAGCAACAGGGGGAAGCGGUAGAGAGAAAGAAAUCGCAAAAGUCGAGGCAGGAAGAAAGGAGGAGACCACAGCAAUCAGAAGAUGGUAAAACUGCAAUUGAUCCCAAUGCCUUUGACCAUCUAAUCUGGGAGGUGGAGCUGGCCCAAAAGGUUUGGGAGUUUCUUAGGGAUAAGAAAAAUCCCCGUUAUAUCAAGGAAACUGCUAUCAGGAAGAUCCAGACUUUAGCCACGGGUGACUGGCAUCGUGGGCUCAGCAAGCGUUUCGUUGGCUCUCCUUGUGACAUUAAACUGUAUGAAACCAAUCUGACCAAAGCCGGACGGAUACUGUGGGAGCGGACGGUCGUGUUCUCACCUCGGCUCACCAGUACAGAGUACGAGAAGAUGCUUGAAUCAGACGACUCGACACAAAUUGCACGCUACUCUGAGGUUAUCCGUGUAUGGGACAUAGUGCUAGACCACUCCAAGGUGCCACAUGCCAUAGAAGUUAUUACACAGGCGGUGAAGGGAGGCCAGAAGUGUAAGAUCCGCAAAAGUCUGGAAAGAAUCGACAAAGGAAAGGCUUCAAGGGGGACGAAUGAGAGUAAGAAUCUGUCCUGCUGUCCUGCUGUCUUUCGAGUGGCUCAGUCCGCACAGCAUGCAAGUAAUGACAUGAUGUUACGUCAGUGGUGUCCUCCAGCCGUUGACGAGUACCGCAUAAUGAAGAUGUAUUCCUUCACGUCCAUGCUGGUCAAUGCAGUGCUUAAGGACAGCCAGUUGGAAGUAGAGUUUCCCUUCCGAGUGACAGAGUUGGAGCAUGCGAUCAUCAACCUACAGCCCGAGCCGCCGUCCUCAAUCUUGCUGCUCGGUCGAAGUGGAACAGGUAAAACUACAUGCUGUCUUUAUCGAAUGUGGACGAGAUUUGUCAGAUAUUGGCAAAAUACUUCAGAGGGGCCAUGUUGGAUUCCCAGGGAUUCUUUAUUUACUCAUCUGGAGAUGGCAGAAGAAGUUACAGAGACACAUGCAUCCAUCAAGAAGGCUCUACCAAAUAUGGACCACCUUCACCAGAUCUUCGUCACUAGGAGCCCAAAGUUGUGCGCCGAGGUCCAGCGAAGCUUCUGCAACAUGGUUCGUGGCUGUCAAUUUGCUGAGGAGCCCCUGUCCCAGCUAGACAGGCCAAUGCCUCACCGGCUCCAGGAUGUUCAUCAGGCGCAGUUCCCCUUAUUCCUGACCUCUCGCCAGCUCCUUCUACUUCUGGACGCUUCGUUGCCAAAUCCCUUCUUUCCACGAGAAGCUGAUGGCUCACUGGAAUUGAAUCAAGGUAACAAGUUUUCAUGCAACCAUCCACAUCGAAAGAAAGCAAACCGAAGAGGUCUGGUAGAGAAAACCAAGUUUGAUCUACGGAGUGAGGUCACUUAUGAGGUAUUUGCCAAGGAGCUGUGGCCGUGUAUCAACAAAAAAAAGUUGAAGUGUCACCCAUCACUGGUGUGGACAGAAAUUACAUCGUUCAUCAAGGGAUCAUUUGAGGCACUGCAUUCAGAGACUGGCUUUCUAUCCUUGGAGGAGUAUUUGGAUAUUGGUAAGAAGAUGGCCCCUAACUUCUCCACCGACAGGGAAGAAAUCUACAACAUCUUCAAGAUGUACAAGCAUGGAAACCAGCAGAAGAACCUCUUUGACGAAGGGGAUCUCGUGUUUCAUGUCUACCGUCGUUUGUGUGAGUUCCGGAGGCUGGAAUGGGCUAUCCAUGAAUUCUACGUUGAUGAGACGCAAGAUUUCACACAGGCUGAGUUAUCGCUGUUGAUACAGUGUGCACAGGAUCCAAAUUCACUUUUCUUGACAGGAGACACUGCACAGAGCAUUAUGCGUGGGGUUGCUUUCCGAUUUAAAGACCUGAAAUCGCUCUUCUACUAUGCGAAUCAGUCUGUAAAGGUCCAAGGCAAGUCUUCAGCUGUAAGCGUACCAAAGAACGUCUAUCACCUCACAUACAACUAUAGAUCUCACUCUGGGAUUCUAAAUCUGGCAGCCACUGUUGUGGACAUUCUGGGCCAUUUUUUCCCUUUGUCCUUCGACCGUCUGUUGCCUGAUCAGGGCCUGUUUGACGGCCCCCUCCCUGUAAUCCUGGCUACCAGCAAUGUCAAUAACCUACCAUCACUGCUGCAGAAAUCGAAAAACCAUGAAGAGACGUCCGGUAUUGACUUUGGUGCCGACCAGGUAAUCUUGGUUGCAAGUGCUUCGGUGAAACAGCAAGAGAAACUGGCGAUGUUCGACAAGGGCAUAGUCAUGACCAUAGAAGAAGCCAAGGGAUUGGAGUUUAAUGACGUCCUGCUGUACAAUUUCUUCAAGGAUUCAGGGGCUGGCAACAUGUGGCGAGUGAUAACUGGUUACAAACCCGGUACCAUUGGUGAUCAGCAAAGAGAACACUUAGAAAAAACCGACCUACAGUGGCUCUGCUCGACAAAUCCAUCACGUCCUUUGGACUUCAAUCCGGAUGAACACAAGGUACUGAAUUCAGAGCUGAAGCGUUUGUACACUGCCAUCACGAGGGCACGGAAUAAUGUCUGGAUCUUUGACGAGGACGAAAAGACGCCAUUGCCGAUGUUUGAGCUUUUUUGUUCCAACGGAUUGGUGGAAGUGGCAAAACCUGAGGACGUAAAAUCUGAGUCUUACACGGGAUUUGUAAAACCAUCAUCGCCGUCUGAGUGGAAGGAAAGGGCCAAGUACUAUACCGAGAAAGAUAGUUUGGAGGCGGCAGAAAAGUGUGCAAAGCUUGCCGCCGAUCAAGAGGAAAAGGAGCGAAUACGAGCCGAGAAAGCAGCAGCGGAAAAGAGGCAGCAGGAGGAAGAGCAACGAGCCGAGAAAGCAGCAGCGGUUGAAAAGAAGGAACAGGCAAGAAGGGAGGAAGAGGCUGAAUCUGCCGUUUUCGACUUGGCAUCCUCCAAUGUCGAUACAGCGCUGGAGACGGUGGCGGAAGGCGCGUGGUGUGGCCGAAGCUUCUGA